AUGGGCUCUGCUUCGUCCUCCUACCGGGUCAUCUACCUGGACGUGGACGGCAGGAUUCAGAAGGUGGUCUUUAGUAGAUUCUGUAGCCCCUGUGACAUUAAGGAACUGUUCUGUACAGCCCUGGGUGUGCCAAGGAGCACUAAUCUCUCCCUGCUGGAUUCUUCCGGAGCCAUGGUGUCCAUUGACCCCACCAUGCCACACAACACUGAGAGGUCACCGUAUCGAGUGGUACCUAUAACUAGUGGACAACUUGCUGAUAAAGAGGAACUCUUUCAGAAUGUACUGACGCAAGUUGCAGAACAGUUUUCAAGGGCAUUCAAGAUCAAUGAGCUGAAAACUGAGGUCACCAAUCGUCUUGCCAUGCUAGAGAAGAGAGUAGAGCUGGAGGGCAUGAAGGUGGUGGAGAUUGAGAAAUGUCGCAACGACAUCAAGAAACUCCGUGAGGAGAUGGCAUCCAGAAACAACAGCAAUUUCCUGGAAGACAAUAAGAAGCUGACUCCUCGUAGAGAUGUGCCCUCCUACCCCAAGUACAUGCUGUCACAGCAGACCAUAGAUGCCCUCAAAAAACCUGCCUUUGACGUCUGGCUGUGGGAGGCCAACGAGAUGCUGAGCUGUCUGGAACAUAUGUACCAUGACCUGGGAUUGGUCAAAGACUUCAGUAUCAAUCCAAUCACACUCAAGAGAUGGCUGCUGUGUAUUCAUGACAACUACAGAAAUAAUCCCUUCCACAACUUCCGCCACUGUUUCUGUGUCACCCAGAUGAUGUACAGCAUGAUCUGCCUCUGCAGCCUACAGGAGAAGUUCACUCAGGUGGACGUUCUAAUUCUGAUGACAGCUGCUGUGUGUCAUGACCUCGACCACCCCGGCUUCAACAACACGUACCAGAUCAAUGCCAGAACGGAGCUGGCAGUUCGCUACAAUGACAUCUCCCCUCUAGAGAACCACCACUGUGCUGUUGCCUUCCAGAUCUUCUCUCAGCCUGACUGCAACAUCUUCUCCAGCUUCGACCCUGAGGCCUUCAAACAGAUACGACAGGGAACCAUCACACUGAUCCUAGCCACAGAUAUGGCACGACAUGGUGAGAUCCUGGACUCCUUCAAGCAGAAAGUUGACAACUUUGACUACACAGAUGAGGAGCAUAUCACCUGUCUGAAGAUGGUGCUUAUCAAGUGCUGUGACAUCUCUAACGAGGUGCGGCCCAUGGAAGUGGCUGAGCCCUGGGUCGACUGCCUUCUGGAAGAGUACUUCAUGCAGAGCGACAGGGAGAAGACUGAAGGGCUUCCUGUGGCGCCGUUCAUGGACAGAGAAAAGGUCACCAAGCCGACAGCCCAGAUUGGCUUCAUCAAAUUCGUCCUAAUCCCCAUGUUUGAGACUGUGAUGAAGCUGUUCCCACAGAUUGAGGAGGCAAUGGUGCAGCCACUCAGAGAGUCAAGAGACCGAUAUGAAGAACUGAAACAGAUUGAUGAUGCCAUGAAUGAGGUGCAGAAAAAGAAAAGCGAGAACUUGACCAUGGGAGGGAAGAAGAAGUAAAAAGUUUUGAAAAGCACCAGUGAGCAUAGAGCACAAGAGUGAAGCAGUGUGACGUUAACUGGGAUUGUCAGAUACGUUGGUCUGUUUGGCCUGUAAAACCUUUUCCAUCUCUGUCCUCUCCUCACUUUGGCCUAAUGCAAAGCGGACCAGCAAGACGAGUGUUCUGGGAAAAUCAGGUAGAUUUCCUGUGUGUCACAGGAACACGAGGGAGUGUGUUUGAGACAGCGUUACACACUGCUAUAGACUCAAGUGAGCAGACGGACAAUCCAAGGUUAUUUUCAGGGAAUGUCAGCAUUUGUACAGCACACACUCUUUAAGUGAACAAUAUUUAGGUACAUAUUUUGUUUUUUUAUUUGAAAUGUGCUGGGGUUUUUUUGUUUUAUUUUUUUUUACAGAUUGUACAGAUUUUUAGUGACUUUUGUUCUUUCCUACAAAAAUAAAAAGAUUUAAUUAAUUACAAA